AUGUCUUUUGAGUAUUUGGAUUUUCGAAUAUUGGAAGAGAAAGACCAUACAUUGGUUUGGAAUUUAAUGUUGGAGGAAUAUUUCACACGAGAACCUGUUUGUGCGGUUUCAAAUUUUUCACCAGAUGAAACUAAAAUGUAUGUUGGAGACUUUGUUAAUGAUGGCCUUUGGCAACACGCAAGCUUGGGAGCAUUUGACAAACAGUCUCACAAAUUGGUAGCAAUUCAAAUAAAUAUACUUGGAAAGAAACCAAGAAAAUAUCUCGAUUAUGAUGAAAAUGGAUAUCCUAUGCACGUAAGACAAGCAAUUGGGAUUAUGGAUCAUAUUGCUGGAGAUACCUCUGACAUUAUUGGGACGACAGACUACAUGAACUUUAUUGUACUGUGCUGUAGAAAAAGUUACUGCAAUCGUGGAAUUGCAACCGAACUAUACAAAAGAUCCGAAGAAAUUGCAAGGAAUGAAGGGUGCAAAAAGAUGUAUACAAUAGCAACAAACUGUUAUACCCGCAAAAUAACAGACAAAUUCGGUUAUACAGUAAUAAACGAAAUGAAUUACGAAGACUAUGUAGACACAUUCACAGGGAAUAAGAUUUUCAACAAUAUUGCCAAACCUCACAGUAAUAUUGCACUGGUUGUAAAAAUAUUAUAG